UAACAUGGCUACCAGAGAUUAGCCUUGAUACCGUUAGCAAGAAAGUGUUGCUUAGUGAUGGAUAAGGCGUGCUCUGUACAGUAUUGGCUCUUAAUGCAUCUUUUGCUGGAGUAAAUGACACGCAUACACAUCUGGUGGUUCCGUAAUAAAGUCGGUAACCAAGUUAAAGUUAGCAUUCACGUUAGCAUGAAAGGCUCGGGGACAUCUCAGGAUUCACGUUAGCAACAGUGGCAGGUACCGUAGCAACAGCAGACGCUUGUUAAAUUCACCGUCACAGUUACCAGAGCAUGCUAACGGCUAAGGCUAAUCUACAGGGGAUCAACGGAACAAACAUACAACCAUGAGAUUGAAAACAUCGCUGCUACAGGAACCCAAACAUAAGGAACUUGUGAGUUGUGUUGGCUGGACCACAGCAGAUGAGCUGUACUCGUGCAGUGAGGACCACCAGAUCCUCAGGUGGAACCUGUUGACCAGUGAGACCAGUCUGGUUGUCAAAUUAUCAGAGGACAUUUACCCCGUUGACCUACAUUGGUUCCCCAAGACCGUUGGUGGCAAAAAACAGAACCAGACUGAGAUCUUUGUCCUCACCAGCACUGAUGGGAAGUUCCACCUGACCACCAAGAUAGGGCGUGUGGAGAAGAGUGUAGAGGCACACAAGGGAGCUGUGUUGGCUGGAAGAUGGAACUAUGAUGGAACAGCUCUUAUUACGGCUGGAGAGGAUGGGCAGAUCAAGAUCUGGUCAAAAAGCGGGAUGCUACGUUCAACACUAGCCAGCCAAGGGUCUCCGGUGUACUCUGUGGCCUGGGGUCCAGACUCAGACAGGAUCCUCUACACAUCAGGAAGACAACUAGUCAUCAAGCCUUUGCAGCCCAGCGCCAAAGUCAUACGGUGGAAGGCUCAUGAUGGGAUUGUUCUAAAGGUGGACUGGAAUUCUGUUAAUGACUUCAUACUGUCAGGUGGAGAAGAUUGUAAAUAUAAGGUAUGGGACAGCUUUGGUCGCCUGCUUUACUCCUCAUCAUCUCAUGACUACCCGGUCACCUCUUUGUCCUGGGCUCCUGAUGGAGAGGUGUUUGCCGUGGGCUCCUUCAACACCUUGCGGCUCUGUGACAAGACUGGAUGGUCCUAUGCAUUGGAGAAGCCCAACACAGGCAGUGUGUUCAGCUUGGCCUGGUCUGCAGACGGCACCCAGCUGGCCGGGGCCUGUGGCAACGGGCAUGUCAUCUUUGCCCAUGUGGUGGAGCAGCAUUGGGAGUGGAAGAACUUUGUGAUCACUCUUACCAAGAGGAGAACCAUGCAGGUAAGGAAUGUGAUGGACGAUGCAAUGGACGCGCUGGAGUUCCGAGAUCGAGUUAUCAAAACCUCUCUGGCAUACGGUCACCUUGUGGUCGCCACUUCCCUCCAGUGCUAUGUCUACAACUCAAGGAACUGGAAUACUCCCCUCAUCUUUGACCUGAAGGAGGGAACAGUGAGCCUCAUCCUGCAAGCGGAGAAACAUUUUCUGCUCGUGGAUGGAGCAGGGUUGUAUACAUUCUCCUACGAGGGAAGAUUGAUUUCCUCCCCCAAGUUCCCUGGUAUGAGAGCUGACGUCCUAAAUGCCCAAGGUGUCUCGCUUAGUAAUGACACCAUCGCCAUCCGAGACAAAAGUGAUGAAAAAGUCAUCCUUCUCUUCGACGCCCUGACUGGGAAAUCCCUUGGCGAUGGCAAGCCCUUGACUCACAAGCUGGAGGUGGUGGAGGUAGCUCUGGACCAGUGUGGCCCAUCCACUGAGAGGAAGAUCGCCCUGAUAGACAAGAACCGUGAUCUUUACUUGACCUCAGUGCGUCAUCUUGGGCGAGAACCCAAAAUCUGCAAAAUUGGUAGCAUGGUUCACAGUAUGGCAUGGAAUGAUGCCGCUAACAUCCUGUGUGGGAUCCAAGACAACCAGUUCACAGUGUGGUACUACCCAAGUGCUGUCUUCACUGACAAGGAACUGCUGCAAAAAACACUGUAUAUCAAGGAUGGCAGUGAGUUCAGCCGUUCACCCCACAUUCUGAGCUAUGUUGGCACCAAGGUGACGUUACGCCAAGGGGACGGUUCACUGGUUUUCAGCAGUGUACCUCCCUACCCAGCCCUCCUGCACGAAUACAGCACCACUGCACGCUGGGAGGAUGCACUGCGGCUCUGCCGCUUCGCCAAGGACCAAUCUUUGUGGGCGUGUCUUGCUGGUAUGGCAAUGGCAAACAGGGAGUUGACCACAGCGGAGAUGGCCUAUGCUGCCAUUGGAGAGUUAUCUCGGGUGCAGUACAUCAACUUUAUAAAGGAGCAGCCAUCUAAGGAGUCGUCUCUGGCCCACAUGCUGAUGUUCAGCGGUCAGGUCCAGGAGGCUGAGGCCACGCUGUUACAAGCUGGUCUCAUCUACCAAGCCAUACGAGUCAGCAUUGACCUUUUCAACUGGGAGAGGGCAUUGGAGCUGGCAGUUAAACACAAGACCCAUGUGGACACCGUGCUGGCCUAUAGAGGGAAGUUCCUGCAGAAAUUUGGCAGGAAGGAGACAAAUAAGAGUUUCCUGCAGUACACUCAAGGGGUUGAGGUUGACUGGGAGAAAAUACAGGCGAAGAUAGAUAUGGAGUUGGCUAAAGAAAGGGAGAAAGCUGCAAACCCCUCUGUGAGAAACAGCUUGGCUUCCCGACGUUAAUGUUCAGGGGACCUUUCUCUAAAACAUCCGCUUUGCAGAAAUUGAUUCCCAUGUGUUUUUGACAUUUGGUGAAUAUGAAGUGGUUUGGCUCUGCCUCAAAGUAGUAAAAAUGUCUGUACUUAAGGUAAAAUGGCUACCAUUAGUCGAAAGUACAUUAACUUCAAGUAACAACAAAGGGGAACAUUUGGAGAUGUAGACCAUGAAGAAUAGGACACUUGACUUUUACACAUCAAUCUUGUGGCAUAUGCUGUGUAAUGUAAAACAUUUGCACAACAUUGUACAUGGCAUUCUGUUGCUGUAGGUGGAUUAUUUGACUUUGGGAAGAGUAUCUAUUAGUACUACUAUUUUUCAGCAACAACACCAUUUAUGGCCUUUCUCUCAUAUCGGCUUCUCAGUGAUAUCAGUGUGUCAAGUUCUAAGUUGAUUAAUAUAUUUUUCUGUCUGUGAUGUUUGACUUUGUGCUUUUGUAUGGAUAGAUAUUUUUACAUUUUAUGUAUUCAAGAAUUUGCCUUCUGUAAACACUAAAAUGAAUGUCAGUUAAUAAAAAUACUGUAUAUAUUCAUCCACAAUGUUGUCUUUUACCUUACUGUUUCUAUUUUUUCUAUUUAUUUAAUGUGGUGAUGCUUCACUGGUUUUAUACAAAGAUCAUAGAGUCAUUUUGACAUGUUUUUUCAGCUUUGCACUCGCACCGGAGGUAUUUCUGGGUGCAUGUGUGUUUUAGAGUCCAAUAUGUGCUUCUCUUUGAGUUAUUCUUGUAUUUCCUUUUCUGCUGAGGUGUGGAACCAAAUGCUUGCCAUGCAGCUCCACCCCCUGGCUGGCAGAGGGCCAGUACAUCAGCCGCACCAUUAUAGCCUAUCCAUCUCGUCGAGUGACCCAGGUGGGACGAAUGAGGGAGAAGAUCUGUCUCAGGGCACUCCAAAUAAAAACAACUGCUCAACUAUAUCAAGAUGAUGUGGACAGAAACUGUACUAAUUGAUCGGCACAAUCCCUGAAACUGAGUGGCCCCAGAUGAAACCUCACAUAAAUUGGUAGAUGUUUUUUCUCAGCACCACUUUUAGCUGCUUACUGCCUAAGUCUCUCUCUGACUCACUGUUUUACUCGUAUUUUACUCCCUCCAUAUGCUUUCUUCAAAGCCUAUACUCACUGUGUGAAAAAAACAUGGUCGGCUGGAACAGACAACAUUAAUCUAUGAAAAGACUUAUCAGCGAGGAGUCAGGUUUCACAUGCAUUACCACUGAGAGAGGCCACGCACUGAAAAAUAGAAAUAAAUAAUGUGUUGUGUCCAUACUUGCUCAUCCAUUAUACAUUGCAUACUGUACCCUAUCUUAGUAAUGUGUCUAGGAUUUUUUUCACAUAUUGGUAAUGAAAAAUAUGUAUUUACUUAACCUGUGUUGUGUACACUUUUGACUCUCAGUGGUAUCUACUGAACAAUAAACGGACUAUAGCAUUUCAUAUUUUUGAAACGCUGCACAAAAUACCAAAUAGAUACUGUACUUUUGUUAAACCACAGAGCUUAAUAUCCGAUGACUUGCAAGUUCUCAUAUUAGAUUGAUGACCAAACAAUGCAGCUCCCCUAAAAAUAAACUUCCCGGAUAUAAUGUCAAAUUUAUGAGGAGGAUAAUGCUCAUUGAUUUGACCUUUAUAGUUGAUCCAUUCUUUGGUCCAAUGAGCCAUAAAACAACUGGAUCAUUGACGCACAUUCUGAUGUCGCUUGUGUGUCUCUGUGUAGUGUGUAUUAGUCCUUUGUGUCUCUGUAUAUGUUUGUGCACAUAUAGUAUAUGUUUGGAUUUGUAAUGUGGAUUUCAGAAAAAGAAAACCCAAUGUAUCACUGUCCUCUCCCCUGCCAGCGGAUGUCGCGCUAUACUUUAUCUGAUUAAUGUUUCAUGCUAGGAACUGUUGGAGACUGAUUAUGCCCACUGCCCCCAAACCCACUGUUACAGCUUAGAUAUAUCAGCUUGUUCACAAUGAACUGCAAGGACUAUGAAGGACAAAGUGGAGGACAACAUUCACACCUCUUAUGGUUUGACUAGCACUAUAUAUAUGGCUUCAUGUAUCUUGGGGUCACAUACUCAACCUCAUCUACCCAUCAGUGGGUUUUGAGCACACAUUUAAUGCUUUUAAGAGCAAACUCGAGCCACCCACAAAUAUCCCUCUGGAAAGGAAAGCCAUCAGUGUUCACUGUUGGCUCUGCCAUCAUGGUCUGGCAGUAUUGGAUUACACAAGCCACCACAAUCAC